CCCCCCCUUCCAAUGGCCGCCUGCUCCCUCCGCCUCGUCCCCCGAGCGCCGCCUUCGCCUCGACUUCCCCGCGGAUGGUGGCAUGUUUACAUUUACGCGCUUCAGUAACUCACUGAAAAACGUCUGCUAGAAAUCUCACACAAACCGGCGAGAUCUCACAGAGACGAGAUUUCAGACGAGAGGUGAUCACCCCCCCCUCUGCCGCUCGCCCUGCCCUGGACCCCAUGCUGAGGAGAUGUCGUCAGGCAGGCCCAUCAAAUGCGUCGUCGUGGGCGAUGGGACCGUCGGCAAGACCUGCAUGCUGAUCUCGUACACGACCGACUCCUUCCCCAAGGAAUACGUCCCCACCGUCUUCGACAACUACUCAGCCCCCAUGGUCGUCGAUGGGAUUCCCGUGUCGCUGGGGCUCUGGGACACGGCCGGCCAGGAGGACUACGACCGACUCAGGCCCCUGUCGUACCCGCAGACGGACGUGUUCCUGAUCUGCUUCAGCGUGGUGUCGCCGUCGUCCUUCGAGAACGUCACGUCUAAAUGGUACCCGGAGAUCAAGCACCACUGCCCCGAUGCGCCCAUCAUCCUCGUCGGCACGAAAAUCGACCUGCGGGAGGACAAGGAGACGCUGGCCAUGCUGGGCCAGGCGGGCCAGUCGCCGGUCAAGCGCGAGUCGGGCCAGAAGCUCGCCAACAAGAUCCGCUCGGUCAAGUACAUGGAGUGCUCGGCCCUCACGCAGAGGGGCCUCAAGCAGGUUUUCGAUGAGGCGGUGCGUUCUGUCCUCCGGCCGGAACCCGUGAAAAGAAGACAGAGGAAGUGUGCGUUACUUUAAAAAAAAGGAAGAAAGGAGGAGGAGGAGGAGGAGGAAGAGGAGAAUAAAUAUGGAGGAAGAGGAGGAGGAGGAGGAGGAGGAGGAAGAAGAAGAAGAGGAGCUUUAAAAAAAAGGAAGAUGAAGAGGAGGAUAAAAAUGGAGGAAGAGGAGAAGGAGGAGGAGGAGGAAGAGCUUUAAAAAAGGAAGAGGACGAGGAGGAAGAGGAAGAGGAAGAUAAAAAGGUAGGAAGAGGAAGAGGAGGAAGAAGAGGAGCUUUUAAAAAAAGGAAGAGGACGAGGAUGAAGAGGAAGAAGAGAGAGUAAAAAGGGGAAACGAAAAGGAAGAAGAGAAAUGACGAUGAUGAAGAGGAGGAAGAGGAAGAGGGAGAAGAAGGAAAGAAAAGAGAGUUAGUGUGCGUUGCUUUAAAAGAGGAAGAGGAAGAGGAGGAGAAGGAAGGAAGGAAGGAAGGAAGGAAGGAAGGAAGGAAGGAAGGAAGGAAGGAAGGAAGGAAGGAAGGAAGGAAGGAAGGAAGGAAGGAAGGAAGGAACAAAUGGGAGAAGAGGAGGAGAGGAAGAAAUGAAGCUAGGGAGAGGUGGUUGAGGGAAGGAUAUGGAAAGGAAAAUGAGAGAGAGAGAGAGAGAGAGAGAGAGAGAGAGAGAGAGAGAGAGAGAGAGAGAGAGAGAGAAAGAGAGAGAGAGAAAGA